CUAACAAUAUCCUAUCUUAAACUCGAUCAUGGAGAUGUUCGAUCGACCACAACGUCCCCUUCCAAUUUUCGUGUAUUUUUAGAAAUAUUGUAUGGAAAAUAGUUUAUCAGAGAGAAAUAAUCAACUUAUUUUGACACGAUAUGGAUAACGAUUCGACAGUGAAAAUGAGCAAGGGCUGCUGGAAAUUUGACGAAGAAGAUCGAGCGUUGUACAUAGACAUUGAAGACGACAUUGAAGAUGAUAGAGAAAAUAAAGUAUACAGCUGCUGGGAUCAAACGCCUGAUAUACUUCUAGAGGAAAUUUUUUCUUACUUAACUAUUCGCGAAAGGUACUAUGCAUCUUUGGUAUGUAGGUCAUGGUAUCGUGCCUUUAAAUUGCCAAGGGUAUGGUCUACCUUUACAUUGGAGGAUAAUACACUUACUAGAGGCAAAUUUAACUAUCAUAGUGGUUGGCAAUAUGUGUUAGAUCAUAUGAGAGCUUCUGCAUGUUUGAAUAAAGUUGGCAGGAAUUUCAGAUCUCUAGUUUUUGACCCUAUGUUGAAUUUCUAUAAUCUUUAUGAAUUCAUGAACAUGAUAUCUUGGUAUACUGAGAGACAAGGGUCAGAUAAUACAUCAGUGGCAGGAGUCGGUACUCACAUUCGACGACUUAAGUUUACAUUUCCUUGUAACAUGGCAAAUAGAGAUGAUCCUGAUAGUAUUAGACUUUUUGGUACUGGUGGAAAAUUACUAGAAGCAUUGAAAAGGUUAAUGCGUAAUUUACGUAAUUUGAGAUGCUUAGAGUUGAUAGAUCUUAUGUUAGAUACCAAAGAAGCUUUACAUUUAAUGGAUGAUAUCUGUGCUAAUUGUACGCAAACAUUGACGAAGCUGAUUCUAAUCAAUACCACAAGGUAUUAUUGCCCCCUUCUACAUGUAGGGGUAUUUAUUAAUUUAAAUGUAUUAGUCAUUAGUCCACAAAACCUCCAUGAGGAUGUGAUAGAUUUAAUUGGUUAUACUAAAUUACAACAUCUUCAUAUCCUUCAAAAUCGCUAUAGCCAGAAAGAUACCACAAUGAGAUUGCCUACAAGAAAAGCUUGGAUAAAAAUGAGAAAAAACAAUCCACACAUUAGAGUACAUUUUGAAGUGGAAAGUUAUAAACCUACGGAUAUACUUUUGCCUAUUGAUUUGUUAGAACAUGGAAGUAUUCCAUGUCACAGUAUAGUUUUAAAUACUCCAAAUACACAGAUUUCAACUUCAACUAUUCUUAAUCACGGAACGUUUUUCGAAUCGACAAUAAGGGUGUAUGCAUUCAAAGGUCUAACCAGAUAUUUUGCGCCUAGAAAUUUUUCACAAAGAUUGGAUGAAGCAAUAGUACAAUUUUGCAAAAUGUGUCCGAACCUUCAUACACUGAUGAUUCGAGAUAAAAUUUCAACCGCCACGAUAUUAGAAAUCGUGUCUACAGCAAAGAACUUGCGUUGCUUGUACGUCCGGAGAUAUUCAACCCUAAAGAAAUGCGACGGGGAUUGGUUAAAAAUUAUGAAUUGGUCACCAGAACAUUAUCAGUGGAUUAAAGAAAAUAGUCGUAGCUAUGAAAGUACGGAAAAAGAGGUAUCUAGAAUAUUAAACUACAGGUGGCAUAUGCUAACUGAAAGAGAAUUUAGAGAUCAAAUGGUAAAAUUAUAUUUAUGAUGUUCUCAUAAAAGAAAAAAAGGAAAAAUUCCUACAAAAAGUGUUUUAUAUAAAACAGAUUGCGAUUAUGCAGUAAUUACACUUUUAUAAAGUAAUAUGUGUGUGAAAAAUACCAUUUGGAUAGUUUAUGUAUUACAUACAAUUCGUCUAAUGUAUUUAUACUUUCUGACAUAACUGUGAUGAUGUAGAUAAGAGAUUUACUACAUAUAUCAAGAUGAUUGAGGGGGAUUGUUAUGUACACAGAUCUGUACAAUAAUCGAAUAUGUAAAAUAAUAAAAUGACAGUAAUUGCAAGUA